AUGUCUCUGGUCCUGGGCCUGUUCCUCGGUGGCUGCGUGACGGCCAUCCCCAUCGUCACGGGCGUCGCCGAGGGCGUCGAGUACCAGAAGAAGCAGAACGCAGAGGCGGCAAGCGAGACGCGCAUGAUCAAGUUCAACCUCAACACGGCGUGCGACGUCCAGGACGACAUUGCAAAAGAGGAAGUCGACAACGGGACCCUCGUACUGCGUCACGACAAGGUCUGGAUAGUGCCGCGCGACCAGGACGGCAAGCCGCUCCCGCCAGACGACCAGGUGAAGAUGGACCCGCCCCUCCAUGCCUUUGCCGGCUUCUACAUCCAGUACCCCGACGAAGACCGGAGCCCGCCCCAACGAGGCCUGGUGAGCACCAUCUCAGACGACCCGCCCAUGCUCAACUGGCUGUACUGCGACCGCGCGACGUACGAGCUGCGCUACGGCAACCGCACCACGUCCAUCACCCACAUUGUCGGCGAGUGGGACUGGACCGAAGACGAGUCGAACCUCAUCCUCGAUGGCUGGGAAGGCUUCGUUGCCAUCGACGAAUGGGACGGCGCCGACACGGACCCCACAACACCCUGGGGCCGCGAGGGCCUGCGCUGGGCGCUGUACUUUGACAAGGACGACAAUGGGCUGAAGGGCAAACACAAGGGCAGGGACAUGUUUGAAGUCAUGCUUCAGCGGAAGAUGCAGAGCGAGGAGGAUCAGCUGAAGAUGAUGGAGGCGGCCGAAAAGAAGAUGCAAGUCAAGAGUCGUGGCGGGCUGAGCACGCAGUUUUCUGCUCCCGCCAAAGAGAGAGACGAGGCCUGGGUCAAAAAGUAUGGCAGACACACCGAAAACGAGAAGAAGAAAGCCUUCGACGUCGACGCCUCAGCCUUGCCUUGGGAGGGGGGAGAGGAAUCUUGA